UCACAAAGACUCAAGGGACAAGUGUGUGACUGACGCAGCCUUAAUAAGUUGUUGUUGCAGAGAUUUGAGCGAUCUUUUAACUUCUUGCAGGGAUCACGCACCACAGCUUCUUGGCUUGUUUUCUGACCUUAAGAGUGAUGAGAUAACUCUUUUCAUCCUAAUCUUCUUUAAAGAUAUAAGUGGAAAUGGCAAACAAAGAACAUGACGCAGAGACUACCAAAAACUCAAUGGAGGGGAUCACAGAGGAGCAGUUCCUCAAAAAUCUCUACCUUUUCAUGAAGAAGCGAGACACCCCAAUAGAGAGGAUCCCCAACCUGGGCUUCAAACAAAUUGAUUUAUAUUUGAUGUUCAAGACCGUGAAUGACUUGGGUGGCUAUCAUCAGGUGACCUCUCAUCAGCUGUGGAAGCGGGUUUACAACACCCUGGGAGGAAACCCGCGAAGUACAAGCGCAGCAACCUGCACACGCAGACACUAUGAAAAGUUGCUUCUGCCUUACGAGUGUCACUUGAAAGGCAUAAUAAUGAGCAAUUUGCCUCACAAUCAGCCAAGGCCCUACCCCUACCCCAAAGAAGAGGAUGGGGGCCAGAGGCCACCAAAACGCAAGCUGCCAUCUCUGCCACUGGGACCACCCUUCUUCCAGUCGGAUCAACUUGGGAGUUUCUACCCACUGCCUCUCCCGUACCACUCCUUGUACCACCCAGUUCUCCCACCAUAUGUACCCAUACCAUCCCCUGUAAUGCCACAUCAUGGCCCCCCGGCUCCCAAGCACCCAGCAUUCACCUUUACCCCCGCUCAUCAAGAUUCAACCCCCAUGGUUACAGAUCCUCUAAAACUACUGCGCUCUAUGGCGGAGCAGUACAAGAUGUCAGCUGGAUUGUCUUCUUCAGAACCCUUGAAUCUGAGCAAGAAAGCUUCCGCUAAAGAGUCUGACCCCAUCCCUGUCUCGUCGUUCUCCCCACUUGCAUCAACCAAGAAUCCCAAAUUUUUAAACAAACCAUCUACGCUCUACAGCCCUAAACAUGCAGGCGUAAUGAGGUGUGAAGGAAUUGAGGCCCAGGAGGGUGAGUCCAGCAAGGGUGUGCCAAGCUUUUCUGACUCUGAGAAAAAGAGUAAGACCGAUGAUGAUGAUAUCCAAGUCCUGACACCCUCCGAAAGCCCAAUAUUGAUUUCUUCUCUGACCCCUGAACCAGACCUGAGUGCCUUUGUGGCCAAACCAAAAGCAAGCUCUCUGAAGGAAGACUUUCCAGUUGAGCCAACAAAGGACAGAUGUGUCAGAACAGAACCAGCAGGUUUUAAUUUCAGUUAUGUUCUGCCGAGGAAUUCCAAAGAAAAGGAUGGCAAGAUGGAAAUCGAGGUGCCACUGUCUGUGUUCCGUAACUGGCUACGGUUGUAUGGUUCCUCUAAAAAGCUGCCAGAAACAAAAGAGCUUCUUGUCUCUGAUAGCGAAGAGUCCUUAGGAAACACAAGCUUGUUGGGUGAGGAUAUUCUCCCGACAGACAUGACAUUUUGUCGUCCUCAGAACCAGAGCUUAGCAGAGGAUCUGAGGCUAAGGAACAAAUCAAAUCUUGUACCAAACACAGAGACAGAAAACUACAAGGAUAGUUCUCUCACCAGCAGUAAGACUUCAGAUGGCCUUUUAACAAGAGGGGAAGCUGACCAGGGGAUCUGGUCAUUCAAGCCCAGAGCAAGAGAUUUCUGGAAUGCCCACUCCAAAGAGACCGUGGCCCCCCAAAAUCCAAUCAAACCAGGUUCCAGUCCAACCGGAAUAAGGACAAACUCUACGUUCUACAUGGAAGACAUGAUGCAGAGAGGGAUGCAGAGGUUAGAGGUGGAGCCUUCAGCUGUGCUGAUGGUCAACUCCAGCACUGCAACUAGAAUUCCCCUGACCCCUGAGGAGGUGAUGAAGCUGCAGAACAUCAUGGCAAGUGCAUGAUGAUGAUGAUGAGGAUGAGGGAAGGACCCCAACACCACAUUUAAGCUGCUUCCUGUUAAUAAUUUAUUAUUUCAAAGAAUCACUGUAAAAUAGUGUAAUUAGCAUGAUGUACAGUAAUAAUACCAAAAA